AUGACCACCCAUGCAACCAUGCCCACCGCGUUCAAAACAGCGCACCACUUUGUGGGGCACUGCGUAUUUGUCAUCCUCCCGCUCUCGCUCGCCGUGGGCAUGGUGAUCGCCGACUCUUUCAACCUCGACUUUGUCCACUUGGUCCAGCUGCGAUGGGCAGUUCCCGUCGACCAAUACACUUUGCCAUCCGACGACGCCCUCAAAGAUCAUCUGUUGCGAUGGACGUUUUUGCAAUCCGCGUAUCUGCUCCCCAUGGUUCUGUUGACCGGUGCCAUGCUGGUACUCGAAUUUGUGCUGCUCGUCGGUCGACUGCGCGCUUCGAGGUUGGUAGACGGUCUCUUCGCUGCUCUUGUGCUCCUUCUGGUGGUUGUGGGUGUGAUGACGUUGCUCAACGCAUUUGUGCGCACCUCGGUCGUCGGCGUACUCUUUACAAAGAUGGUCGCUGGCUUAGCGGCGUGUAGCGUGUUGGGACUUGUAGCACAAGCAGUGGAGCUCUUUGCGCCGCCUUUCUGCAUCAACGCAUCUUUGUCCGAUGCAUCGCCCAUCAACAUGGCAGCCGUCGGGUUCCCAACUGUGACAUUUGCAGCAAUCUAUGGGCUCGGCACCGCAUUUGGAUGCUGCGCUUCCUUGGCAGGCUAUCAGCUCUCUGGUCUGAUGCAGCGACACGAGAUGAGCUUGGCAGGCGUGCGAGGCUAUCAGCUACUAUUUCUGGUAGAAGGUGCCUUCUUACUUGUCCUUUGCCUCGUCAUUGCUGUCUUGCUGGUGCUCGGUCAUCGACUCGGCCGCCCAACAUGGAUGCCGCACGCUCAGUGCCAGCUCACUCUGGACCAGAGGUACGAUCUACAACCAGUAGAGGCGCCGAACCACUUUUCCAAGACCAAAGCUACGCAGAACGACCAUGUUUCCGACUUCACAACCAGCUCGGACGCAAUAUUAGCUGGCAGCCUGAUACGGUCGCUUGGUCCAGCGGAUCGUGUUGACACGGCACACGGCAACGACCAACAGCCAGCCCACCCAACGGUUCAAGCGGACCCAGCGGACCCAGCGGACCCAGCGGACCCAACGGACCCAGCGGACCCAGCGGACCCAACGGACCCAAUAGACCCAGUCGACCCAACGGAGCCAGCGGACCCAGUCGACCCAGCGGACAAGCCGGGCACCUUUGCAAGUCUGCGCCGGCUGUCGUCGUACUGCACCUCACCGAUGACGACGAUCCCCAUACUGAAGCGCUUCAAGACGAGCGAAGCAGCCAACGGCACUUCGGGGGUGAUCAACAAUCUGCGCACGCUGCAGCAGAUGCACACCGGCUUUGGCCUCUGGGUCUCGCGCAUACUGCGUCGCAUAAUGAUCUUGAUCUUUGGGGGGAUGGGCGUCGAUGAUGCGGCGUUUGACCUGAUCAGUGCCGGUACGUCGUCGCGCGAAACGUUCAUUGCGGGUGUGCUGAUCGUCAGCAACACGUCAGUGAUCCAGGCUGCUGUGCUUUCGCAGAUUGUCAAGAUCGAAAGUGCUGCGUCCAAGCAAGUGUUCCGGUCGCCGGCAGCGCUCAAGAUGGUAGCGGUUUUGCCAGGGCUGCCGACGCUGGUGGGCGGUGUGAGUGGUGCGGUUAGCGCUGUUGCAUGGAGCGUGUUGGCGACCCAGCGUCCGCCAACGAGAGGCGCAUGGAGGGGUCGGGUGGGUAGCUGGAUGCGCGCGCCGUGGUGGGUGCCUGCGUUGCUGACCAGCUGCCUGGUGGUAUCAAUUGUAGGACUGGCGCUGGCAGUGAUAGCCAGCAUCGUGGUGCCCGACGGUACGUGUGGAAGCUGGAUCAUCUACCUCUCUACGAUUGUAACGUUUACGGGAACUGUUCCGCAACUGCCGCUUGCGCUUUUAGAGAUAUACAGCGUGCUCGACGACGAACUUGGUCGAACUGUUGGCCAUCAGCCGACAUGCAGUCAAGCCACGACGAGCUCAGAGAACUGUGGGACAGGCGCAGCAUCUAGCAUACUGAAGAGCAACCAGCAACGCUCGGUACAUGCUUUGCGUUGGGAGCGAGUGGGAGUCAUGAUCUCGACGCUUACCACAACGUUUUCAUCAACGCUGCUGACAGCAUGGAUCUUGAUGCUGUCAGAGGCGUUUCAAAUGGUGUUUCUGUUUAUCAGCGUUGCGCUAGCAGUAGCUGGCAGCGUGUGGUUGAUGCUGAGGCAUACACUGCACUUGCGAAGGUUGCGACGCCAAUCCAAGCUUGCGCAGCAAACAACGUCGGCUCUCACACACACAUGA